AUGUCAGCAGAUGAAUACCUGAAAGAUUGCUUACAACUGAAACAACCUUCUGAAGACGAUGAUCAACAUGCAAAAUCUUAUAACAGAACCAGACAAUGCGUCGUUAAAUACUUCCCAGUAAAAACAUGUUUCACUUUUGAUAGACCAGGAAACAGGGACGUAUUGAGAGAAAUGGAUACAGCACAGGAGAAAGACCUUAGCAAAACUUUCUUGGCGGAUACGAAGGCGUUCCUGAGUUACGUGUAUAAGGCAAAACCCAAACGAAUGCUUCACAGCAAGUCUAUCAAUGGUGCAAUUUUCGCAGAUCUUCUUCAAUCAUACGUUAAAGAAAUACAAAGUGGAAAAGUACACGAUGUCGAUGAUGCAUUUACAGUAGCCGCUAACAACGAAAAUGAAAGAAUGAUGGAGAAGGCAAUUGAGAUUUUCAAGGAAAAACUCCAAUCGUUGGAACUACCAAUGCUUAAAGUGAAGACAUUUGGUGACAAAUAUUUGGAGAUUCAACGUGUAUCGCUUACAGUGUUCGGGCAUAAGUCAGUAUUCAAUGCCGAAAGAUUCAUUGGCAUGGCAAAAAGUGUAUCUAUAAGACACAGACCUUACUUUAUGAAGUGUGAAUCAUGA